UUAGAGGCGGAAGUUGUUGAUGUGAACUUUUUUAUGGAGCUUGACCGACCAAGCUUGUUUUUAUCUUCGCUGCUACUGUACCUGAACACAGUGAACAGUUGCCGUCCACAACUACAAUUUUAUGCGACGGAAAGAUCGUACUGGUGGAAUGUUUAGAUUCAGUUCCAACAAUAAAUAGCCUAACGCUAGUUGUAUGAUGUUACUGAAGCAUGCAUAUUUGAGGAAGUAGAAUAAUAAACACUGCGUGAGGCAAGUGAAAGCGUCGUCAUACAGGAACAAUUUCUCGCCUUGAAUUACAGUAUUCUAACGUUAAAGUCUCUUGGUGUUGCACUAUGUCGGAUUGUCUAAGUGACCACAUCAGCGAUGAAAACGAAGAUGUAAUCACCUCUGCGGAGCUCAUCGUGAAACUAGAGGAGGCCUGGCUAAAUGAGAAGUUUUCUCCUGAACUGCUGGAACACAAGAGCGAAAUUGUGGAAUGUGUCAUGGAGCAAAUUGUGCACAUGGAAGAAAACCUGCAGCGGGCAAGGAAGGGUGAUGUUAAAGCCAACAUUCAUCGUAUGGAGAUUGAUCGCAUCCGGUUUGUCCUUAACAGCUUCCUGCGCUCUCGCUUACAGAAGAUAGAGAAGUUCUUCCCUCACAUUCUUGAGAAAGAGAAAACCCGUGAAGAAGGAGAUCCAUCGUACUUGACAGCUGAAGAAUCUGCAUUUGCCAGAGAGUAUCUGGUUAACACAGAGAAUUAUAUGAAUAAAGUGGCUCUGAAACACAUGCCUCCCAACCUGCAGCAUAUGGACAUGCUAAAAGCUGUGCCUAAGCCCUGUCUGGACACUUUUGUAUUUCUUAAUGUGAAAGAGGGACAGGAGAAUAUUCUAGUGGAGCCUGAAACUGAUGAACAAAGAGAAUAUGUUGUGGACCUGGAGAGAGGUUCUCAACAUCUGAUGCGUUAUCGUACCAUAGCGCCCCUAGUGGCCAAUGGAGCAGUAAAACUUAUUUGAUGGAUACCUCCAGUGUUACUGGCACUUGUGAUGACAUUUACAUUUUGCACAAGAAGUAAAUGAGUUGGUCACAAAAUAAACAUUUUUAUAUCAGA